AUGGGAGAGUGUAAGAAAGAUCAAAAACCUUUUUCUCACGAGAAAGCUAAAACCUUUUCAUGUAAUUCACAAACUUCUUUCUAUUGGCUUAUCUCUAAACUAAUCAUAACUCUCGCAAUUAUAUUCUCUCUCCAAUUCAUUCUCUACCCUCUUAAUCUCAUCUCCUCUUCUCCACCUCGAUCUCUAAUCAAAACCGAUGUUUCACUAACCGGAUCCGGUAUUCCAAAACCGGAACAACAAACCGAGAUCAACCACGUGGUUUUCGGAAUCGCCGCGUCUGCGAAGCUGUGGAAACACCGUAGAGACUACGUGAAGCUCUGGUGGAAACAGGGCAUGAACGGUGUCGUUUGGUUAGACAAACACAUUAACCAAAACGACACCGUUUCGUCCUCCUUGCCUCCGAUCAGAAUCUCCUCCGACACGGCGAGGUUUAAGUAUAAAUACCCAAAAGGUAACCGGUCGGCGAUUAGACUGACACGAAUCGUGUCCGAGAUGGUUACGCUUUUAAACGGAACAGAGUCUGAGAAAAACGUGAGGUGGAUUGUUAUGGGAGAUGAUGAUACUGUGUUUUUUCCGGAGAAUUUGAUUAGGGUUUUGAGAAAGUACGAUCAUGAGCAGUUUUAUUACAUCGGAAGUUCGUCGGAGAGUCAUAUUCAGAAUAUUAAAUUUUCUUAUGGUAUGGCUUAUGGAGGUGGAGGGUUUGCGAUUAGUUAUCCAUUGGCUAAAGCUUUAGAGAAAAUGCAAGAUCGGUGUAUUCAAAGAUAUCCGGAAUUGUAUGGUUCCGAUGAUCGGAUUCAUGCUUGUAUGUCGGAGCUUGGUGUUCCGUUGACUAGAGAAGUUGGGUUUCAUCAGUUUGAUUUAUUCGGGAAAGUUCUGGGCCUCUUAUCAGCCCAUCCACUGGCUCCAAUUGUCUCGGUCCAUCAUCUAGACAUAGUGGAUCCAAUAUUUCCAAACAUGGGACGAGUCAAUGCCCUAAAACGUCUCAUGUCUUCAGCAAGACUCGACUCAGCAAGUCUCACGCAACAAUCAAUCUGUUACGACACCGCGAAUCGAUGGACCGUGUCUGUCUCUUGGGGAUACACGGUCCAGGUCAUUCGCGGCGUGUUAUCACCUAGAGUGAUGGAGGUCCCUACACGGACUUUUAUAGACUGGUACAAACGUGCCGAUGACAAAAGCUAUGCUUUUAACACACGUCUUAUAAGCAAGAAUGCAUGUCAACGUCCGCGAGUGUAUUAUCUAUCGAAUGCGUUACGUGAUUCGGCUUUAGGAAGAACUGUUAGUCAGUACGUGAGAUGGUACGACGUGUGGGAUCCGGAAUGUGAUUGGAAUAUGGCAGAUCCUUCAGAGAUUGAACAAGUUAUUGUUUAUAAAAGACCUGAUCCAGAUAGGUGGAAUAAGGAUAAGGCUCCGAGAAGAGAUUGUUGUAGAGUAUUGCCUAUGAAGAAGAACGGAACGAUGGUGAUUGAUGUUGGAGCUUGUAGAGAUGAUGAAAUCAUUGAAUUCUCGGUUAAAUAG